UUGACUGUAUUGUUAAGGAAUUGCUUUGCUCUGAUUCUAAUUUAAUAUUAACUUUAGAUGUUUUAAGUUUAUUCUACUUUAAUCCUGCAGAUAAAGUGCAGGACAAGUUUAAUUUUUUUCCCAUUUUUAGCCUAUUAUUAUGUUUAUAUAUAUAUAUAUAUAUAUUAUAUAAACAUAAUAAUAGGCUAAAAUUAGAUAUAUAUAUGCACACACAUACACAUUAUGUAUUCAGUAAUUAAAUAUAUUAAUUUCUUUCUUCUGUUUAUUUAACCUCCUGAGUGGCAGGGUGCUUUUUAUUCUGAGAUUUUUUGUCACUUGAUGUAUUAGAUUAUAUUUUAAAGUAUUGCUAGCUUACUUUCAUUAAUAAUGUGAACAUCAUUUUAAUGAUGAAAGUUUAUGAAAAUAGGGAGUAAAACAAGUAAUUGUAAAAAUUUAACUAAUAGUAGAAGUUGUUUAAGUACAGGUCUUCAUGAGCAGAUCCAAAAAGCCAUGCCACUCAGAAGUUUAGAUUUGCAGGGUUUAAUUUUUAUGAGAAGAUACGGAAUAUGAACUGAAACCCAAAGGUCAUAUUGUAUAAAUUAUUAUUCUUUAAAUUAUAAAUAGUUAUCAGCUAGAGUCUCUGCCCCCAAAGAAAAAGACAAUGCAAGCAUUAAAUACUUCAUUAUUUAUAAUUUUUGUUUUCUAAUUUCUUUAGGUUUAGGGAAAGAUUCUUUGCAAAUUCAUCCUUCUACUGAACACGUAAUUUCAAAUAAUAUGCAGAAAAAUGCAGAUGUACCACAUAGCAUUGUACUUCCUACCUCAAGAGAUUCAAGAAUACCUGAGCAAAGACGUGUGUAUUUUUGUCCUCAUUGUUGUAAAGCAUUUGAUUUCAAAUCUACAUUAGAUCGUCAUGUGGUAAAACAUACAGGUGAAAGACGUUUUGUUUGUCGUUUAUGUGGUGUUAGUUUUAAAUAUCAAGGCGCACUACAUAAUCAUGAAAAUAAAGUUCAUAAAAAACAUGAAUCAUUUGAUCAAAUUGGAAGUUAUUUCUAUAUUUUUAUUUAUAUAAACUUUUUAAUUUUUGUUUUUUCAGGAAGAAGGGAACUCCUUCAUUUAGAUUUAACAAGGUCUGCUCCACAGAUAUCAUCAUUCUUUCCCCAGAUCCAUCAAAAUGUUCCUUCCCUUCAUAUUGAUUCAAGUAAAACUUUAUUUCAGAACCAAAGUGGUUUAAACACUGGAAAUUCUUCAAAAUUUAGAUGUCAUUGUGGAAAAAAUUUCUUUUCAAAAGCAAAUUUGAGAAGACACUAUAUUACACACACGGGUGAAAAACCUUUUGAAUGUAAUGUUUGCGGUAAAUGUUUCAAUGAUAAAUCAAACAUGAGGCAACAUCUUUCAGGGCAUGCCCUUAAAAAUAGUUUAAAAUGUAUCAUGUGUGGAGAAAUGUUUGCUAAUUAUCAGCAAAUGCAAAAUCAUCUUAAAAUGCAUCAUAAGAAUUGAAUAUUCUCUUGAAAAUUACUGUUAAGUAUUUGUAAAAUAACAAUUUAAUUAUAAAAAAGUGCAUUUGUUGUGCAUUAGAGAAUUUUGAUGCUCUUAUUAUUAAA